AUGAUCAACCAGGGCCACCUGAAGUAUUUGACUCAGUUUGACAAGAUGCUGCUAUACUGGCAGAACCUCCUCAAGGACUAUCCAAGCCACCCAGUCCAUGGACAUGAGGCCACGAGUGCGCCUUUGACGCUAUAUGGAGAUGAAGGCCAAUCUCUUGGGGGCACAUGGAUGAACUAUCACUUCCGCCCUGACUUGAGCCCCUGCAUAUCCAAUUCUGCCUGCAGCAGGUUUUUGAUUUGCACCAUUCCAUCGACCAUGUAUGUCUUCGAUGAGAGUGGGGUCAACCUUACCCUUCAAGCAGCUGCUGCUGCCAUUCGAGAAAGCUUCAACGCACUGUCGAGAGAUGGCUAUGAAAGAAGUGAGGUAUGUGUGCCCAAGUUUUGGGUCAUGCACAUUACUGGGGAUUGGAAAUUCCUGAAGCAAACCUUCAACCUGGAACGCUAUGCGACCCAUGAGGAGGAACCAUCGCUGGCUGAUGUUGAUGGCUUUACAUUGCGCAUGUUGUCGAUUGACUUGCUCCAUGCCUUUCAUCUAGGCGUGGGCAGGGACUUGUGCGGCUCUGCUAUUCGUGUUCUUGCUAGCCAACGACGAGGUCUGUGGCCUGGUUCCAGCAUUGAUGCGCGCUUGGAGGUUGCCACUGGGAGACUGCGGGAUUUUGCACGCCAAAAUAAGUUGAGCUUGACACUCAAGAAGCUAACGAAAUCAAAUCUGACGUGGGAAUCUCUCAAAUAUCCGGAGAUCAAAUGCAAGGGCUACGACACGUACAUUGUGUUGAAAUGGCUGGUUGAGGAGGUGACCAUGCAGGAUUGUGGAGAUGAUUUCUUGGCCAGUGCACUUUGGGCUGCUGACAGUUGGCUGCGUGUUUUGAGCAAGGCGGAGAUGUUCCUCACUGAAGCUGAAGAGUUGCACAAGUUUCAUGUGGGGAAUCUAUUCCUCAAGAGCUAUCUCAAUCUUGCAGUCCGUGCCCUGGAGGGUGGAAAAAUGCUUUACAGGCUGAAACCCAAAUUCCACUUGCUGUACCACCUGGUCAAUGAGAAGCGACCAUCCAGGUUGAACUGCACUCUCAAUUCAACCUGGAUGGAUGAGGAUGCCAUGAAGAAGUGGAUGCGUAUAUCCCGAAUGGUUCACAAAAGAACAGCUGCAGAGAACACGUUGCGGCGCUUCAUCCUUGGCUUCCACACCAAGCUCCGAUUGGCCAAUGCGCCCGCACGUUGA